UACUAUAGAAUUCUAUGUUAAACCCCACCCCCAUUUGAUCCCCCCAAAAUGUACUCUAAACCCCCUUCAAACUGAUAACAAAAACAUUUCUGCACAACUAGAUAAAUUGGCUUAUCAUAUCCUUGAAUAUCUAAUAUUUUCAUGAACAGAUUACAGAGAAUGGCUGCAGACAUUUUAGGCACAAGAAUGUAGAAGAGGAAGUAUGAUAAGAACCAACAUUUAUGAACAAUAAGUCUCCAAACUUAAUAAACAAAUGAAAUAGGAGGGAGAAAGUUUAGGGUGGACUGGGGAUUGAACCUGUGACCCCUGCAUUACUAGUCAGUAGUCAGGUGCUCUAACCACUGAGUAAUUCAGGCCAUUAUCCAGUCCAUAUAACCCUGGCAACCACUAUAUUUCCCCUGCCUUAAAUUGUCUUCAUCCAUGAAGAUAUACAGUUCUUUCGCCCCCGACAGGUCUGUCACCUGCAAGUCCAUGCAGGGGUGAUCAACAGCACCAAACCCAAGAAAAAGAAGAAAAUUCAUUACUGGACCAGAAAUCAAACCUGGGACCCCUGCAUUACUAGUCAUGUACUCCAACCAUUAAUCUAUCCACACCAUCCACAGUUCAUAUAUAGCCAAAAAAACUACAACUAUAUAUAAUACCCUUGAAUAUGUUAAACUUUAAAUGUAAAUUAAAAUAUUUUUUGUCAUCCAAUGUGCAGAUACCAUUAUGAAAAAGUCAAUCAAGUGCUGUUUCCAGUUUUUAUCAAUUCUUUUACAUGAAAAGGGCUACAAAUCUUCAAACCAAAUUGAAGAAGAAAAAAUAACCAUUUCAAAUAAGAGUAACCUCUCUUUGCAAGGAACACCUCAUCAUGACAUUCAUGUAUUAUAUGCUUAUUAUCACUAACACUUCUACAUAUCAAUUGCUGUUAGAUUUUUAUUUUCUAUAUUCAUAGAGGUCAUACCAACUAGAACUUCCAUGAAGUCUCACUCUGAGCCGAGUCUAUCAAAUUCUGUGACUUUAAUGAAUUAACACACAAACAUUUGUCCUAGAAAAAUACUAUUAAAGGUAUUUUAUAAUUUGUAACAGGAAGGGAACAAAUGCGAUGGACCAUACCGGAAUUUGAACCCAACCUCCCUGAAUCUCUUGACAGUAAGGUGCUCUACCAACUAACUGAGCUAUCUGGCUACAGCUAUUGAACCAAUCUGACCACCAAAUUCCUUGCUCCCUCUUUAAAGGGACUGGUUCACGAUUUUUGAAAAAAAUGUUUUUCAUUUUUGAUGUUAAACAUUAAAAAUAUAACUCAUUUAAUGUUGACAGCCAAAAUUUUGACUUUCUGAAUGCAAGAAUAAAAGCAAUAUUUUAGCCUUAAAUCUGUGUUAUGUAAACAAAGACUCGAGUCUUUUAAUGUAUACAAACAAACCAGUGAAACAAUAAUUUUGUACUAUAAAGCAUCUUAAUUCUGCAGAGUCACAAAUUUUAACUUUUAGAUGACACAUUUUACCCAAAGAAUGGUUGAAAUGUGAAAGAUAUGAUAAAACUUUGAUCAAUAUCCAUUUCUUUUGAAAAUUUCGUAAACAAUAACAUACCACAAUCUUUGUUUACAAAACAAAUAAUAAACUCCAUAAAAUGAGCUUCUGUGAUAAUGUACAUAUGUAUAACAUUAAUUUUUAUGUGAAAUCUUUUAAACAUAUUAGACAGUAGCUUUUGAUCAUUAAAAGUGAAAAACAAAAUUUUGGGGGAAAUCGUGAAUCAGUCCCUUUAAAUGUCAAUCACACCUUGAAGACACAACCCAGGAUCUUUAUCCCUAGCUGGCAGACAUUCUCACCUGUCAGUUCCAGGAGGGGAGAAAAUACAAUGGUCCAGACCAGGAUUCAAACCCAGGUCAAAGGGACCCUUGAAUCUCUUAUUCAAGUGCUCACCAACAGAGAUAUCUGGCCACCACAGGUCGAACAAUACUAAAAUUUGAGACGACUAAGCCAACUUGUAAGAUACAAUUAAAAAUACAUAUUUUUAUAAUGCAGUAACUGAAUAUCAAAUCAAAACGACUUAUGAAGCAGGGGAAUCCCAUUUAAGGAUAAAUUAUUGGUUUCUAAAUUUAUUUUUAUUUUAUUGGGUAGAGGAUGGGGGAUAUGUAUAUAACAUCUGUAGCGGUCAGCCGGGUUCGAUCGCCGGUGGCCAAAUAGCUCAGUUGGUUCUAAGCACCUGACUAGAGAUUUAGGGGGCCCGGGUUCGAAUCCUGGUAUGGUCCGGUGCAUUUUCUUCUUUCCAGUUACAUUUGGUGCCAUGACCAGCCCCUGGAACUGACAUGUGAAAAUGCCUGCCAGGGGAUUAAGAACCUCAGUUGCCAGGGUUUGAAGCUAACCAUUGACAACCCCUGGACUUGCUGGUAAAAGUACUGCCAGGGGCAAAAGAAUCUGGGUUGAUGUCUUCAAGUGUGAAGACGUUUAAGGAGGAAGGAAUGUAGCGGUCAGCCAGGUUCGUUCGCCAGUGGCCAGAUAGCUCAGUUGGUAGAGCAUCUGACUAGAGAUUCAGGGGGCCCAGGUUCGAAUCCUGGUCUGGUCCGUUGCAUUUUCUCCUUUCUUGUUACACAUCUACACACGCUAUCCACACGAAAGGAUGAGUUUUACAAAACAUCUUACGAUAAAGUUGCAAGUCUUAAAUUGUAUUACACGCUUAUUAGUUUAAAUGAGGGAAUUAAAACGUUUCUGAAACUUAAUUUUCAACAUUAUUUUUUUCCACUAUUUUACAUUGGAGUGAUUUAUCUUACAAUAAAUGGGAGAAUUUCAGUAUGUAACAGGUUGGGAACACUUCCCCUAUAGCGAGAUAUUCUCGCUAAAACGCGAUUAUCCCUCUUUAGCUAGAAAUAAACAUUACCAUAAACAGGUGUUUUGGCGUCUUUAUUGAAAAUAAUGGCAAAUCCCGUGCAACGCUGAGUAAGUGCGACACGCACUCAACAUGAUGCGAAUUGUUUCUAUGAAAUUGACAACAUAGUCAUGAAAUUGCAUAUCAAAGUUGCUGCGUAAGAGGGAAGCAGUCUGAAAUCCAAUACACAUCAUGAGUGUUUUUGUAAAUGAUUAAAGGGACUGGUUCACGAUUUUUGAUAGAAAUAUUUUUUAUUUUUGAUGUUAAACAUUAGAAAUAUAGCUCAUUUAAUGUUGACAGCCAAAAUUUUGACCUUCUGAAUGCAAGAAUAAAAGUAAUAUUUUAGCCUUAAAUAUGUGUUAUGUAAACAAGGACUCGAGUCUUUUUAUGUAAACAAACAAACAAGUGAAAUUUUGAUUUUGCAAUAUAAUGCAUCUUAAUUUUGCAUAGUAACAAAUUUUAACUUUUAGAUGACACAUUUCACUCCAAAAAUGCUUGAAAUGUGAAAUAUAUAAUAAUACUUAGAUCGAUAUCCAUUUCUUUUGAAAAUUUCGUAAACAAUAGCAUACCGCAAUCUUUGUUUACAAAACAAAUAAUAAACUCUCUAAAAUGAGAUUCUGUGAUGAUGUAUCACCCUAAUUUUUAUGUGAAAUCUUUCAAACACAUUAGACAGUAGAUUUUGAUCAUUAAAAGUGAAAAACAAACUUUUGGGUAAAAUCGUGAGUCAGUCCCUUUAAUAUAUUUGCAGAAGUAUCAGACAUUUUACCAGUUUUUCUUCUUUUCACGUGAAUGACGAAGAGAUGUACUUUACGGGUGUUUUUCUCGGUUGUACGGGAUAUAUUUAUUCUCGCUAGAGAGGGAUAAUUGCGUUUUAGCGAGAAUAUUUCGCUAAUGGGGAAGUGUUCCCAACCUGUGUAAAGUUGGUCGCACUGGUGCUUAAAAGUACGAUGUACAUGACAUGAAAUUGAACAAUUCCGACAAAAUAUUUCUAUUCUACCCCAGCGGUGUUUAUAAUGUGCAUAAGGGACAGUUAUUUUAUCCCUCUGUCUAUGUCCACGCUAUGAUGAUGUCUGCAAUCUAGAUAAAUCAGCAUCCUCAGAAUCCAAGGAACUUUUUUCGAUAGUCGUAAAUUUUAAAUUAAACGUUCUUAGAUUAACAUUUGAUGAUACUUUAUAUUUCAAUUACAAAAAUUCUAUUCAAUUAGCAUCAUACAGGUAUGGUGGACGCAGGCGUGGAACGAAAGUCUGCCGAGGGCCUUUUACGACAACCGUAUGCGAAAGAAAUUACCCGCGACUUUUAAAGAGUGAGUCAUGCCCCGAUCACAGAUUAUGACCAUCUGAUCCUGCGAGAGAUGUGGAGUUAUACGUAAUGAUUUGAAGUGAGAUAUCACAAAAACACUGCCAUGGCGACAACUGUAGAGGAACACAGAGACUCUGUUAUGUCGGAGCUGGAAGUUCAGAUGAAGAAUGCAUCUCCAGAGAAAUGUAUCACUUUAUCCAACAGCUCUCCAUCUGUCAAGAUGUUCUAUGCAUUGAGGCUAAGGCUGGAGAAUACUUCUGAGGCCUGGCUACGUGAGUAUCUAGAACGAGAUGGCCUGGACAUUAUGUUGCACUCAUUGUGUGAGAUGACUGGUAAGGCCUUCACCAGCUUCUCGGACGCCAUACUACAGCUGGACUGUGUGUCCUGUAUCCGAGCCAUCCUCAAUACCAGUGUGGGACUGGACUUCAUGGUCAAGCAUGAGGACUAUACUGCUAAACUUAUCCUGGCUCUGAAUAUGAACAACACACAUCCAAAGAAACAGGUCUAUGAGGUUCUGUCAGCUUUAUGUUCCUAUAACAAUAUGGGCUACAACAAUGUCAUGAAUGCAUUAGCUGCACUAAAGAAAGAAACGGACCAGACUUACAGAUUCAGUGCUAUUGUCAAUGAACUGAAGGCAGCAGAGACAGUUCCUCACAAGACAGCCAUUUUGACCUUCAUUAAUUGCAUCAUCAACUGUACACCAGACCUACAGGAUCGGAACAGGAUCAGGAACGAGUUUGUUGGGCUAAACUUGUUGGAUGUCUUAAAUUUUCUUCGCAAAGAGGAAGUAGACAAUGAUCUCCACCUUCAACUGCAGGUUUUUCAUGAAAAGAAACAUGAAGAUGAGGAAGCCUUGACUGAGCAAAAUGAAGUGGACUUUAACAGUCCUGAGGACCUAAUAGAGCUUAUACAGUGCAAGAUAUUUGGAACUCCAAAAAUGGUGUCCUUUCUGAACAUACUGCAAGACUUACUGGCCAUUGAGAAUAUUUACAGUAAACACAGUGCUAAACUGUGGAAAGAAAUAGACAACUUAGUUCAUCAGUCAGUGCAUGCAUGUGAACAAAGCCAACUCCCAAAAUGUGUGAAAACUCCAGUCAUGGACCUGGCCAGCCUUCCGGAUCACAUUAACAAAGGCCUACAGUGCAUCCAGACAUAUCAAUCCAAGUCACAAUCUCCAAAUGUGGACCCUUUAAUGAGUGGUGCUCAUCUAAUGAGUGGGGUAAAUUUACGACAGAUCUCGCAGAGAAAUCUGGACCCCUGUAAAUACGAGAACGACACUGGCGUGGAACUGACGCAUAAUAGGGAUCCUCGAUAUAACAAAUUCAACAACGUGGUGGACAUGAUCGCCUACAUGGAUCAAACACAGUAUGAUAAUGUGUCAUUUAAUGAUGACAGUGAGAACUCAAACAACACCCCCACCAAUAAGUCAGCUCUACAAAAGAGAUACAGGAUCAAAAGGCCACCCCUACCUCCACCCACCAGAAAAACAAAGAAUGUACCAUGGGUCAAAAUAGCUGAUGAGGUCAUAGAGAAGUUCAGGGAUUGUGUGUGGGCUGUGUCCGCUGAAAGUAAUGGCAUCUCACCAGACUUUGGACAACUGGAGACCAUGUUCCAACAGGGGGAUCCUCAAUAUGAAGAGGUUAAUGAAAUAGUGCUGUUAAACUCCACAACCAGACAGAAUAUUAACUUGUUUCUGAGUCGAAUGGAGAUUGGUCCAGAGAAGCUCAUAGAGAGCCUGGAGAAAGGGAACCCAGAGGUGAUUAGUCUUCCCACUCUACAGUACCUCAUGAAAGUUCUGCCAGAUUUUGAAGAGAUUGUAAUGCUGCAAAAGUAUGAUGGGCGGAGGCUACAGUUGGGAAUGCCGGAGCAGUUUGUGUUGUUACUGGCUGAUAUUCCGGAUUACCAGGUGCUGAUAGAGGGUCACCUGACCAAGGCUGAGUCCAUUACCAGACUGGACAAACUGAAGGACUCGCUUAAUUCUCUAACUGCUGUCUGUAAAGUGGUGCUGGAGAACCAACAGUUCAAAAAGUUCCUACAUUUUCUACUGUGUGCGGGGAAUUUUCUCAACUAUGGAUGUCUACAGGGUGAUGCUGCUGGCAUUAAGCUGUCCAGCUUUGAGCGGCUGAUGGAGGUGAAAUCAGGGGUCCCCAAUCAGUCUCUGUUACACCACCUGGUCAAAGUAGCCAAUGACAACGACGCUAUGCUCAAAUUCAUCCCUGAGAUGGGGCAACUAGACAAAAUCUCUCUGUCAAGUCUGGUCGAAAUAAAGGAUGAAAUAAACAAGUUCAAUAAACAGCUGUGUAAAUUUAUCAAUCAUCUAGUCACUGCCAACAUCAAGCUCAGACAAAGAUUCCACAUUUUCAUUGAGGAGGUGAAGUUAGAGCUUCUGACCAUACAGAGUGCUACAAAUCAGCUGCGAACCAUGACCCUGAGAAUGGCCAACUUUUUCUGUGAAGAUCCUCACCACUUCGACCUGGAGGCCACACUUCAGUGUCUUCAAAGCUUCUGUAAACAGGUCAAGCGGUGCCAAAAUGACAAUGCUUCUUUUUACAAGCAAAGUCAACUGGCAAAGAAGAAGAAUGAGCAAACAAAAUUUCAUAUUAAGAAUAGAUUUAUGGCUUUAGAGUUUGGAAAAGAUGCAGGUGCAAGCUCUUCUAUUCUGGAAGACAAACACAAAGUACUGGAGAAGAUUUUGGAUGACCUUCACCAUGGAAACUUCCACCCUGUAGUAAGGUCAGAGGUCCAGACCCCUGAUACUGAUAUGGAGGCUUUAGAGUUCAGUAACAUCAGCUUCAUUGGUAGCCCGGUCAGUAGGCGACCUAUGUCAGAGGUCAUGGAUGAGGACUUUCUGACCCCCACGCUCAAACAUGUCAACAUCAGAACCAGCUCUGCAGCUGAUAUUCUGUCUGACGAGCCAAAGUUUGAGCAGGAGCUGAUCACAGCAAAGGAGGCCUCCCCAGAACUGAUGACGGACCUCCCACUGAUCGCAAAACGAGUGGAGGAGCUGAAAAUCACAUCAAAGAGGAGAUGUCACAGCCGGAGUCGUAGUGAUCUGACAGAUUCCAUUCUGAUUACCGAGAAGUGGAUGAAAUACGAGGAACUGGUGCACCAAGAGUCCAUGUAUGAUGAAGGAGUUGCUCCGCUGGCUGAGCUAGAGAGCAUGUGCAACAUCACGUGCCUGAACCUGGAGAAUAAUGGAAAGUCGGUGGACCGCGACGAUUUGAAGUAUUACGAGGAGCAGCAGAAGUAUGAUUAUACUGAAAAUGUCUGUUGUCUGCAGGAUGGUCCCGUUGUCAAGAUCCCAACAGAAAAAUUCCCACUGUUACAGAGUGGAACUAUGGGAUGCAAACCAAAAUCCGAGAGGAAAUCUUCCGUCAGUAAUUUUUUUACCAAAAUUUCAAGGGCAGUGCUGAAACCUAAGAAUACACCUGAAUCAGAGCCACAAAAGGGAAAGAAAGAAAAGUUUGGGAUGUUUGGAAGAAGGAAAACGCUAGCAUCUGAUGACAAAGAAAAUAUUCCUUACCAAGAAAAUGUGACAUCUAUGGCUGAGAAAAGGUUUGCUUCUAGAGAGUACAAGAGAUUUAAGAAUGAGAAAUCUCGACUCUUGAAAGCAGUAAAGUAAAUGGCAGUAUUUACUAUGUAGUCCCAAAAGUGUUCAAACAAUUUUACACCUACUUUUGGUUGUUUUUUGUUUUUUUUGUUAUUUUUUUUCUAUUCACAUUUUUGUUAUAUUUUUCUUUACAGUAUUUUAGAUGUAAACUUUCAGGUUGUUUUUGGUACUUUUUUUUUUUUUUGUUUUUUUUUUUUUGCAGACACAUGUAGUUAUUUUGUCAGCUAAUUUUUGUCUCGAGAAAAUUCCAUUUUUGGUAGCCUAGUCAAUCUUUGGUAGAUUUGGAUUUCAUUUGGUUGUGGUAAAUUUAUGUAGACUUAGAUGCCAGAUGGAGGUGCAAUAUACUGGCUUUUUUGCUUGGCUGUGAUAAGGAGUGUGAUAAUAAAUUUUUGUACAUGUAAGUAAUUUAUCUACCUUUAAAACAUUGAUUGUAUGCUUAUUAAUGGAAAAAUAAAUUGCAAGUGUGGGGCAUCUGCAAAUUUGCAUUGUAAAAUAAUUUUGUUUGUGUGCUUUGUAUUUUUCUUCUUGUCAAACCGCAUGUGUGGACAUUAUACAAUUUCUCACUGUAGUUCAAUUACCAAAUACAGAUUAUGUUGAAUUUAUGGAUCCAAAUUCAUGUAUCAUGAGAUAUUGUUUUGAAUAGUGAAUUUGAAUAUUAAUGAGUAUUUUUAUGUGCAUAUCUUCUUCCCUUCCUCCUCUUACCCUUCUCUUCCUCUUCUUCAUUAACAAACCAAGUGCAAAUUUAUGCACACAUAUAUAUAUAUAUAUUUAGUAACAUGUCGGAAAAAGAUCUCAUUCUAGUCAUUUUUUUUUCAACACAAUGUUAUGAAACAUAUUUUGUUAGAUGUCAGUGUACUAUAAAGUAUUUAUUUCCUAAGUGUUGUUGGUAUUCCUGAUAUAAGUUCAUAUAUUGUAUUUCAAGGAAUUCCUGAUAUAAGUUCAUAUAUUGUAUUUCAAAGAAUUCCUGAUAUAAAUUCAUAUAUUGUAUUUCAAAGAAUCUGCACUUUGAUUAUGCAUCAAUUUAAAUAUGACACUUGUACAUGUAUAUCAAUCUGUAGAAUUAUGCAUUGAUGGAUUUAAAAGAUCAGAAUCAAGGUAAAGAUGCGUAAAAUGUAUAACUGCAGAGCACAUAUUUAGUAUUCAGUUUUCAUUUAUUUAUUUUUUUCUUUGUAGAGUUGUAGAUUUAGGCUCAGUUGCCUGAUAGACAAUUAAGUUUAACUGACAGAUAACAUCUACUUCAAGUUACAAACAUGUAAGAGUUAAUGGUAAGUUAAUUGUCAGUUAAAGUUAACUAAACUGAGUCCAGAUCCUCAAUACUAAGAUACUGUAUCUUAUCACUGCCACAGCUAGUCAUGCACAGAACUCUAUAUUGUCAGUGUUGUGUUCACUACUCAUCUCACAGCUUGUCAUGCACAGAACUCUAUAUUGUCAGUGUUGUGUUCACUACUCAUCUCACAGCUUGUCAUGCACAGAACUCUAUAUUGUCAGUGUUGUGUUCACUACUCAUCUCACAGCUUGUCAUGCACAGAACUCUAUAUUGUCAGUGUUGUGUUCACUACUCAUCUCACAGCUUGUCAUGCACAGAACUCUAUAUUGUCAGUGUUGUGUUCACUACUCAUCUCUAUCAAGGUGAAUUGUUUGUUACUUUAUGAGAUUCAAGAAUAUAAAACUACAAAGCAUGGAAGCUUGUUCUGGCUGAUGACGUCAACAAUAUACAAAUUCUCGCGCAAAUAUUCUUGCAAGAAUUCUGACAAAGAUAUUCACUGAAAAAGAAUUCUUAUUUUUGAACUGAUCCUAUUUUUACUCGUAUUUGGCAAGUUAAUUGGGUUAUCCCCCUUUACAGUAAUGUUUCUGUUACGUGUGUGUUGUAAAUGAUGAAAAUCCACUGAGCUUCAAUAAAAGAGCAAUAAGUAAUCAU